AUGGGGGAUGGACAUCGUCAGACCGCUACUACCUGCUCCGGGAAAGAAGCAGGUCCUUACCAAAAGAUCAGAGAACGCAAAGUGGUCAACUUCAUAUGGGAAAGUAUAAUAUGCAGGUUCGGAAUACCAAAGGAGAUUGCAUGCGACAACGGGCCACAAUUUAUCGGUGCAAAAGUUACAAAGUUCCUUGAAAAUCUGAAGAUAAAAAGAAUUACUUCUUCACCUUACCAUUCUAGAGCAAACGGACAAGCAGAGUCAACAAACAAAAUAAUUGUGCAAAAUCUAAAGAAAAGGCUAGAAGCAGCGGAAUGCCGCUGGCCCGAAGAGUUACCAGGGGUAAUAUGGGCCUACCGAACAACGGAUUUUGUCAUUAGUGGGCUCAAAUUGGCCCGGGAGCUCGACUCCGAAGCCAUCAACAUCAAAUGUGACUCGCAGCUAGUGGUAAAUCAGGUAUGCAGAAUUUUUGACACGAAAGAUGAGCGAAUGCAACAAUACGUGGUAAAGGUUCAGGCCUUAUUGUCACGAUUCCGGGAGUGGUCAAUAACCCAUAUCCCGAGGGAAGAAAAUGCUGAAGCAGAUACGUUAGCAAAUCUGGGCUCAUCGACAGAAAUUUGGGGCCGGAAUCGGGGGCGAUAG